GGUUAUGCGCUACCAAGUCCUGCUGUCGCUGAUGCUGUCCAGCCAGACCAAGGACCAAGUGACAUCAGCUGCCAUGCUGCGCCUGCGCCAGCGCGGCCUCACCGUCGACGGCAUUUUGCAGAUGGAUGACGCGACACUCGGGCAGAUCAUUUAUCCUGUAGGAUUCUGGAGGAACAAGGUGAAGUACAUAAAGCAGACGACGGCCAUCCUGAAGCAAAAAUACGGUGGUGACAUACCCAGAACUGUGGAGGAGCUGGUGCAGCUGCCGGGAGUCGGGCCCAAGAUGGCCCACUUGGCCAUGAACAUCGCCUGGGACAGCGUGUGUGGGAUAGGGAUCUCUGGAGGGAGAUAAACUGGCUCUUGGUGGGCUUUGGCCAGCAGACCUGCCUGCC